AAGAUCGGUGGCUUCUCACAUUUCAUUUUCUUUGUAAAAGAGAGAGAGGUGUGCGAUUAUGCUCUCGUUGCUGCCGUUUUGCUUCCUUGAACCAUUAAGGUCCGAGUCUAAGCUCCUUCUCUAUCAGAAGCAGACGUAUGAUAACGCUCAAAGACUCUACUUUUCAGCAUGUAAAGAAAAGCUUGAAUGCGCUAGAAGUAUGAAGUUUUUUAGCUCUGCAAUAAUAGCUGUAUAUAGAAGAAGUUUUAGCACUAAAAGCAGCAGAACCACAAAAUAUGCUCAAAGUGUUUGCCAGAAUCGAAUCAAGAAGGAAACCAAUAGGAUCCCCAAGGACACAAAAACCCACCAACCUUUAUUUGAAUGGGCCCAAGAACAAAAAAAUAUUUUUUCUCAUGUUCACAGAGGUGCUUCUGUGUUUAUCACGGGCUCCGCCGGAACUGGAAAGACAGUUUUGCUUAAGCACAUUAUCGACAUUCUGAAGGAUGUUCAUGGUAAGUCUAAGGUUUUUGUCACGGCAUCCACUGGAAUUGCUGCCUGUGCACUUCAAGGGCAAACACUUCACUCCUUUGCCAGCAUUGGAAUCCAAAAUGCUGAUUCUGGAACUUUGCUGGAUAAGGUUAAAAUGAAUAAGCAUGCUUGCAAAAGAUGGAAAAAGGCGAAGGCAUUGGUUAUAGAUGAAAUUAGUAUGAUCAGUGCUGAUUUGUUCGAGAGCCUGGAAUAUAUUGCUAGAGAUAUACGGGGAUCGGAGGUGGUAUGGGGUGGAAUACAGCUUAUUGUCUGUGGGGAUUUCUUUCAGCUACCACCAGUUAUCAAACAACAGAAAUUAUCAGGCAAAGAAUUUGCAUUUGAAGCUGAUUGUUGGAAUGCAAGCUUUGACUUGCAGGUUGAGCUUACUCAGGUUUUUAGGCAGUCAGACCCUCGGCUUAUCAAGAUGCUUCAGGGAAUAAGGAAAGGGGAGACUGACGCAGAGGACUUGCAGCUUCUAGAAGAAUCUUGCUCCAUGAACAAGCAGGAUUCUUUGGUAGUCUGGCUCUAUCCGAGAAUUAAUGAUGUGGAGAAAGUAAAUGAGGAGAGAAUGAAAAGCUUGGGUGAGAGUACUGUAACUUAUGCAGCUGCUGAUAGUGGCCUCGAACAUAGGAAGAAACAACUCAACCAAGGGAUUGUACCUGACCAACUUGUACUCUGUGUAGGUGCAAGGGUAAUGUUGAUCAUGAAUUUGAAUAUUGAACGUAAUCUUUGUAAUGGUGCCACUGGUACAGUUACAGGAUUUGUUCCUGUGGAGGAUAAAAAUGCUAGAAAGUCUGAUAUUCUCUUCCCACAAGUUAAAUUUGAUCGUGGACCUGAAAUCUUGAUUGAACCUCAAAAAUUUGAAAUUUUUGAGGGAGAUAUUGUAGUUGCUUGGAGAUAUCAGAUACCUUUGAUAUUAGCAUGGGCUAUCAGCAUACAUAAGUGCCAAGGGAUGACUCUUGAUCAUGCUCAAACAGAUCUCUCAAGGGCUUUUGGCUAUGGAAUGGUCUAUGUGGCACUUUCCCGAGUAAGGAGCUUGGAAGGCCUUCAUUUGUCUGGUUUCACUCCAUCAAAGAUCAAGGCACACCCAAAAGUUCUGCUAUUCUAUAAAAGUUUUACUUCAUCAAACCUCUCUCAUACUGAAUUCUCAUUAACACACCGAGUUAGGAAAUAAAAGUUUCAUUUCUUUGAUAGAGUUGUAAUGCAAGUUAAAAUUUAACAAACACGUCUGAUUUUCCAAAGCACAAACUUUGCCUAGCCUUCAAGAAGUCAUUUGUGGAAGUUCAUACUUUCCUUCUACAUUUCUCCUUGACUGGUUGUUGUCACUAAAUGUCUCCAGGCGUAGUGUGCAGGAGGGUAAAAGAUUCUGUAACAUCUGCAAUGCAAGUUCAGAGCAAAAGACAAAACCCUUCUUCAUGUUCAGUUCUGCACUCUAACUACCUGUGUUUUUGUUUCAUGUGAAAGUUCUUAUGCACAUGGGUGUAUGGAUGAAACAUAUUUGUGCAUGUAAAACAUAGUAAGAGCUCAAUAAAUCAGGUAACCAUAUAUGCUACUUAUAGUGGAUGUUCAGUCAUGACCUCCUGUAGUAUCUAUUUUAUGUCUUCUCUUGUUCUUAUUCAACAACUGUUUGAAAUGAAACUUUGGUAAUUGCUUUGUUGCGAAAACAGUAAGAGCUGUUUCUGUACAGUGUUCAAGCAUUGUUGUAGGAAAGAGGAUACUAGUUGGUAUGAAAUUAGCAAAGAAGAUAUCGAUUUCUCUGUAUUUAGACCAUUACGGUGGAUCCCUGCUGGAUUUAUAUAUGUAUUUUUUUUCUAUGUUUCUGUUUAACUGCACAUUGGUGAAUGAUUAUGAGAAAUUCACUAUUUAACUUGGAGCUCUAAACCUGUCUUUCAUUAAUCAAAUAGUACCAGGCUUUGUUAAACUGAAAUGUUGCCAUGAAGUACAUGUUCUUGUGUGCAUAAAACCUACCAGUGUUUAUACGUUACUGACCAUUUUGUUUUGCCACCUUGCAGUUGCUGGUAAAUCACUAUGCUCUUUGUAGAAAAUUUAAAAAAGGUAUAAUGAAGGUGCUCUUCUUGGACAGAAUUUUGGUUUUGUAACUUCUCUAUUAGUAUUGGUAACGCCCACACUGCUUGAAAAAAGCAAUUAAAAGGAAAAGAAAAUGAGGUAAUCUGCUGUCCUGCUUUCUUUUCUUAUUCUCUAAUCCUGUUCCAUCCUCAUUAUCACAUGUUCAAGAAAAUUUCUUUGUGAUGGGUUUAAGCAGAAAACGAGAUUGCGUGUAACAGAGCAAAGAGGAGAAUUAAGCACACACGAAUCCAAACCAACCCUCCCCCCCCAACCACCACCACCCUCUCCUCUUCCCUUUUUUUUGCUAGCGAGGAAGUUAUUUUCGGUUGAAUUGGUAUUUGAUUGAUGAGUUUUGGGAAAUUUUUCACCUUAUUUUUCAAGUAUGUGUUUCUAACUGUAUUGCUUUAGUCACCACUUGGUUUCUCUUUUUGUUGAAUAUUUGUUAUAAGUUAAAUUUUUGUAAUGAUUUAUUCUUUCAGAAAUUAGUUUGUUAAUUUAAUUUUUAAAUUUAAAUAAAAAAAUCAACCUACCCUAAUAUAUAAUAUAUAAAAAGUGAACAAAUAACUAAUCUUUCUUUCUUUUUCUUGUCUAGAACCCACCCAAAAAUACCACAUCUUUCCAAUUUCACAAACAUUAAAACUAUCAAUUUAAUACUUCAAUGCCUCUGUCCUUGCAGCCGCCGCCAUCUUCCAAAUACCAAUUUCUACGAAGAUGGAACAAUUUGUUAGAAUAAUUUGGUUGAUUUGAAAACCCUGGACUCCCCAAAAAUUAACCACCCUUGUUUCAUGUCCACAUUCACACAGUCUGAGCAAGCAAAAAGAGCUGCUGAGAAUGCAACACAAAGUGCAACAGAUGAACCAAGGCCAGAACCAAGUGGAAGUUCAGAAGUGACGACUAUGGUGGCAGGUUUAAAUCUGAGAUGGGUCAACAUUAAAAGGUACAACAUACCCUAUGGAUUUUUGCCUCUAGAAUAAUUGAAAAACCCAGAUGGGUCUCCUCCUCAUGCGUAAGAAUUGUCAAUGCCUUAAAAAAAUACGAGACAUCGCAAAGGAUUUGAAUUGAGAGAGAAGAAAUUGAAGGAAAGGUUUAGAGAGAUUUUGUUGGAGGAAAAGAAAGUUGAAGACGGGUGCGUGGACGUUGAAUUGAUAGAGAGAAAUGAUGUAAAGAGCUUCAAUACCCAAGUAAAAAAUGAGUAGAGGGAUAACAAUACUUUUGUGGAUUAUUUGGCUGAAGCGAGUAUUUGUUUUAGGGUGAAAGCAAAUUUUCUUGAAUGAACGGUGGAGAGAUCAUGAUCCGAUGGGAAUUUAAUAUGGUUUUUUUUUUUCAA